GGACGUCUGUCACUCCUGUCAGUCUUUCCUGCUGGAGUUUGUUUUUGGAGUUUGCUCAAUGUGUUUGCAGACUUCCUCUGAGGCUGAGCCACAUAACGAAGUAUAAGGGAAUUUUGUCCCACGUUGUACCGUGCUACUGAAUCGCCCCAUACCGCAGGCUACGGGACCGACAUGGCGGCCUCAGUGCUGCUCUGCUUGGUGACUGUCCUACCAUGUGUUACAGCGCUGGUGAGAUCUCCAACAGAACAGCAAUUUCUGCAGUCUCUAGAUCCGCAGGAUGUGAGGUUAUAUUUCGGCGCUACGUCAGUGAGCUCAGUACCCGAAUUUCAGAUUGUCGGGCUCAGCUGCGGUUCCGCAGACGCGCCUGAGAGGCCCUGGCGGUGCUCCUUUCAGGCCCAGGGGAGGCGCUACGUGGUGGGGCAGGGAGGAGUGAGCCGGCCCCUCUCCUGCGCCUCUGCGGUGGAGAGGCAUCUGAACUCCUCCGCCAGUGUGGUGAGGAGGCUGGGAGCCUGCUGUGAGCAGCCGGAGAUUCUAGAACCCCGUCCAGCCAGAUCCCUUCUGAGCGCGUGCGAGGGAACUCUGGAAGGCAUGGUGUUGGCGGGAGGCGGGAGGCUCUACGUCCGGCCGGUGCUCCACAGACACCGGCACUUUGCCGGCGCGGCCGUGGCGAGUCCAGCAAUGCCGCACCUCGUGUUCCACCGCGACCUCCCUGCGAGAACAUCCCAGACCCCCCUGCACUCUGAUCGAGGGCGUGUCGCCCGCGGUGCUUCGGUACCUGAGGUCACUCACCUGGAGCUGCUGGUGGUUGUGGGGCCGGACGUCCACCAGAUCCACAAACAGGACACCGAGAAAUACAUCCUCACCAACCUCAACAUCGCGUCCGAGCUGCUGCGGGACGUCACUCUGGGGGCCAACCUGAGGGUUCACCUGGUGCGCAUGAUCAUCCUCACCGAGGCGGAGCCAGAGAUCCGGAUCUCAGAGAACAUCACCUCCUCCCUGAUGAGCGUGUGCGAGUGGGGGCGCAGGGUCAACCCCCUCAACGACACCGACCCCCUGCACGCUGACCUCCUCCUCUACAUCACUCGGUUUGACCUAGUGUUGCCUGAUGGGAACAAGGGUGUGAGGGGCGUGGCCCAGCUGGGCGGGGCCUGCUCCAGCAAAUGGAGUUGUGUGAUCACCGAAGAUACGGGCUUCGAUCUGGGCAUCACCAUCGCGCAUGAGAUAGGCCACAGCUUUGGCAUAAAUCACGAUGGAACAGGAAACGCCUGCACCAACAGCGGCUUCAUGAUGGCGUCAGACGGGGGUUACAACAGCGUGGACCUCACCUGGUCCCAGUGCAGCCGGGACCAGCUCCAGAAUUUCUUCAGUGCAGGCAGAGGUGACUGUGUGAAGGACCUGCCGGUGCUGGGAGGCUCUCUGCAGGACUGGAAGCCGGGGCUGUACUAUGGGGUGGACGACCAGUGCCGCAUCGCUUUCGGCAUCACCGCGAGAGCCUGCUCCUUCGCACACACGGACAUCGACGUGUGUCGUGUGCUGUCCUGUCAUGUCGUCCCUGGCGACGACAGUUCCUGCACACGCCUGCUCAUCCCCCUGCUGGACGGAACAGAGUGUGCACCCAAUCAGUGGUGCCUGAAGGGGCGCUGUGUGUCCCCUUCCAAGCUCAGCUCCUCCAUGGUGGUGCAUGGCUCAUGGUCCAGCUGGUCCGAGUUUUCCACCUGUUCCCGCACCUGUGGCGGGGGGGUCAGCUCCAGGAAGAGGCAGUGCACCAACCCACGGCCCGCGUUUGGUGGGAAUGACUGUGAGGGGAGACACACUGAAGCUGAACUUUGUAACAGACAGCCCUGUGCCACAAGUCAGCUGAAAUUCAUGGAGGAGCAGUGCUCCCAAACCGACCCCCAGCCCCUCUCCCUGUCCCCUGGCACCGCCUCACUCUUCACCUGGGUCCCCGCUGUGGGUCUCCUCACAGGAGACCCGCAGUGCAAGCUCAUGUGCCGGCCACAGGGUGGGGACUUCAUGGUCAGCCGAGGGGCACAGUUCACAGAUGGGACCCGCUGUGAGCCCCAUGUCCCAUCUCCACUCGGCGCUGUUAGCGUGUGCCUGGCGGGAAAGUGUCAGCUGUUUGGGUGUGAUGGCCGCUUGCUCUCCCGUAAGGUGGAGGAUGUCUGUGGGGUGUGCGGUGGAGACGGCUCCACCUGCAGCCUCAUCUCUGACUCCUACAGGGAGGGCCAGGCCCGAGAGUAUGUCACCUUCCUCACCCUGCCACUGAAUGCCACGCGGGUUCACAUAAUCAACAGGAGGCCCCUCUUCACACACCUGGCGGUGUUAAUCCAGGGUGAGUAUGUGGUUGCGGGGCAUGGCACUGUGGCCUUAAACACCACUCACCCCUCCCCGCUGGAGGAAGGUCAGCUGGUGUAUCACCUGUACCUGACUCCUGAUGGCCUGCCGCAGAGGGAGGAGCUACAUCUGCCUGGCCCCAUUUCAGAGGAGAUACACGUACAGGUCUACCGGAAGUAUGGAAAGGAGUAUGGUGAUCUCACUAGCCCAAACAUCUCCUACACCUUCUACAAACCUAGGACCGAGGAAACCACACCCAGGGGCGAGUGGGUGGCUGUCACCUCACCCUGCUCUGUCACCUGUGGGUCAGGUUACCAGCAGACUACCUACAUGUGUGUGGACAGAGACACUCAGGAGCAUCUCCAGGAGGCGUCCUGUGAAGAGGCCACUCGACCCGCAAUGCUCCCCUCCCCCUGCCAGCUUCCCGCCUGUCCACCCCACUGGGUGACAGGAGAGUUUGGGCCCUGCAGCGCCCCCUGUGGUGGGGGAGAGAAGGAGCGGCCGGUGAAGUGUGUUCAGCGACAGGGGGAUUUGACAGUGGAGCUGCCGAUUCUGCAAUGCCCACAAGACUCUGCGCCGCACCCCAAGGAAACGUGCAACCCACAGCCUUGCCCUACCUGGUGGCAGGUGUCAGAGUUUGGGGACUGCUCGGCGGUGUGUGGCCCAGGUGAGGUCUGGCGCGAGGUGUUUUGUGUCCGUACAGAACGUGGUGUGAACGUCAAGGUGGACGACAGCCUCUGCCCGCAGUCUACCAGGCCGGCUGACUCCCGGCCCUGUGUCGUGGACGUGUGCCCCAUCGGUUGGGAAACGGGGGGCGAGGUCCGUCGCAAACAAAAGGAACACGGUGUGACAUCACAGUCUAGAUUGCAGCCUGUGUACGUGUGGAGCCCUGUGAUUGGCCACUGCUCAAAGAGCUGUGGGAACGGGCUGCAGCAGGUGUGGUACUCCUGCGUGGAUCACCAGUCCCGGACGACAGUGCUGGAUUUCCACUGUGACGGCUCGAGGAAGCCGCAGCCCCACACCGAGCCCUGCAGCCCUUCCCCCUGUCCUGCUGCGAGGUGGUGCUACAAGGAGGGGGCUUGCAGCGCGACUUGCGGCGGAGGUGUGGCACGCAGGGUGCUGUACUGCUCCCGGGACGGCGAGGGCGGGGAGGAGGUCGUGAGCGACUCGGAGUGCGGGACCCUACCCAGGCCGGCCGGGCUGGUGCCCUGUAACGCCAACACCUGCCCCCCCAGGUGGAGAGCUGAGCAGCUGGGGCCCUGCUCGGUGUCCUGCGGACAGGGUGUCAUCCGCCGCCGCCUGUCCUGUGUCCAGUUUCAGGGCGGGAGGGACAGCGAGGUGCCCGAGGACCUGUGUCCCGCGCUGACCAGGCCCCUUUCCGCUGUGCCCUGCAGGAUACAGGCCUGCACCUUCAGCUGGGAGGUCAAGGAGUGGAGCCAGUGCUCCGUCACCUGUGGCUAUGGGAUCCAGUCCAGGGGCGUGUCCUGCGUGGGGCCGUCCCACUCCCAGCCAAUCAUCCCCCUGCUCUGCAUGCACAUGCCCAAGCCCAUCACCAUCCAGGCCUGCUGGACAGGCUCCUGUGGGCACCCCGAAACCACCACCGCGGGGCCCCGCGCGCACCUGCGCACCACCAGGGCCGCACACCGGGAGGACCUCCCAGGGGCCCCCACACAGCCCCCCACCCCGGAGAUCAGGCCGCCCCAGAUACCUCAAUACCAAGCUGCCGCUGUGUCGCCCAGUCCGCUGGAACUGACCACCUCCCCACCCCCGACAGCCCUGCCCACACAGCCGGCUGAAACCAGUGUGUGUGGACAGCUUCUCCUGGAGGAGUCUGGCACAGUGGACCUGCGUAACGUCAACGUGCGGGAAUGCACCCUCACCAUUGGACGGCCCCUGGGUGAGGUCAUCCACUUCAGGGUGGAGUCCAGCUCCCUCAACUGCAAGGAUGGGGACUUCCUGAUACUCUCCAACAGGCGAAUGCUGAGGAAAAAGUGUAAUUAUUUGGGCACCUACACCCUGACCACCCGCACCAACCUCCUCCACUUGCGUCAGGGCUUGAGCCAGGUGUCCCCUGGCAGGGGACUGAUGUUUACCUACCAAAGCCAGAAGACCAGUAAGAGUCACCAUGAAGACUGUGAUGUCCAGCUGUUCGGUCCCAGUGGUCAGAUCGUGAACCCCACACGCCGGCCCGGGUCAGGGAAUCACACCUGCCGCACCUUCAUCAACGUCCGGCCGAAAUCCAAAAUCGAAAUCCGGGCCCUCAGCGCCUUCCACGAAGACGAAGAGGAAGACGACGACGCCCCGCCCACUUUCAUACUGAUCCGGGACGAGGACGUCGUGCAGACCACGUGGUUCCAAGGGGACCGUCUCUUCCAGUGGCGGUCGGUCGGCAGCGGGGUGGAGAUCGAGUUCCACGGGGCGUUCCUGCAACACGAGGGAAGCUUCCGGGCGGAGUUCUCGUCCUUCAGACCGUGAACCGCCGCCG